AAAUGUGGCGACGAGUGAAAAAAAUUGGAAUAGAAAAAUCCAAGGUAUAAAUAUAAGACCAACCCAGAGUGCACAGCACAAGUGACAAGUAAUUUGAUGUCAGACGACACACGCACAGAUUAGUUAGCUCGAGGCAUCAGAAGAACUGAAGCAAGUUCAAACUCUAGCCUUAGAAGGCGCCAGAUCGAGGCAUGUGCGCAUGCAUGAGCGGAUGCAAAGCUUAUCCUAGCUGCAUGCCGGCCAUGGCGUGCGGCGGCGGCGCUGCGAGGGAGUGCUUCUCCUCCGGCUCCGCCAGCAACACCGGAGAGGCGGUACCGGGUCCGGGAGAGGAUCAGUUCCGGGUGCCAUACCACGGCAAGCCGUUCCUGUCAAGCCCGGCCGCCAUGGGCGAUCUCCGGCACACCGCCGCCUGUGCCGGCAACGACGAACCGAAUCCGCUGCUGCCGUCGACGGCUCUGCCGGUUCCGAAGAAGACGAAGAAGAAGAGGAGCCUGCCGGGGACACCAGACCCGAGCGCGGAGGUGAUCGCGCUGUCGCCGACGACGCUGAUGGCGACGAACCGGUUCGUGUGCGAGAUCUGCCACAAGGGCUUCCAGCGCGACCAGAACCUGCAGCUGCACCGCCGCGGCCACAACCUCCCCUGGAAGCUCCGCCAGCGCGGCUCCGGCUCCGGCUCCGGCGAAGGGCCCGGCAGCCUGCCGCGGAAGCGCGCGUACGUGUGCCCGGAGCCCUCGUGCGUGCACCACGACCCCCGGCGCGCGCUGGGCGACCUGACGGGCAUCAAGAAGCACUUCUCCCGCAAGCACGGCGAGAAGAAGUGGCGCUGCGAGCGCUGCGGCAAGCGCUACGCCGUGCACUCCGACUGGAAGGCCCACUCCAAGCUCUGCGGCUCCCGCGAGUACCGCUGCCACUGCGGCACCCUCUUCUCCAGGAGGGACAGCUUCGUGACGCACCGGGCCUUCUGCGACGCGCUGGCGCAGGAGAACAACAAGAUGGCGCGGCCGCUGAGCAUGGCCACCGUGGCCUCGGCGCUUCAGGGCCAGGGGGGACAGGGACAGCAGCACGGUCUCCUGCAGCCAUCGGCGGCGUCUGAUCGGACCCAAGACGUGGGGAUCGACAUCGACAACAACGACACCGCCGACGGCGACGGCUUCGGCACGGACGCCAAGAGCCCGCACCUGAAGAUGUUCUCCGACACCGCCGCCGAAGACGACGACAACCCGCUUGGCUGCAUGCUCUCCAGCCUCGGCGGCGCUGCGCCAUACUCGCCUUCCCCCGCCACCAUGGCCGGGACCAAGCUCAGCUUGCUCGGCCUAAGCGGGCCAAGCGACUCUUCCAUGGGCUUUUCUCCAUCUGGGCUAGCAAGCAUGUCGGCCACGGCGCUGUUACAGAAAGCAGCCCAGAUGGGCGCCACGACGUCGAGCGGCUACGGCGUGGGCCUCGGGUCUACCAUGGCUGGGCUGGCCUGUCAACCGAAUCCAGGCCCGUUUGAGCCCAUGAGACCGCUCGGCCCGUACGAUGGGCUACCGUUACGCGGGGCGCACGUGGUUGGGUUCGACGUGGGCGGGCUGAUGCCGGGCCAGCUCUACGGCGACGAGGCCCAUGAUAUCGGCGCGAUGACAAGGGCCGUACGGUCGAUGACGAAACGCGAGAGCCAGAUGGAGCCUCGGCAAGCGGAGGAGGACGGACGUGUGGUAGACUACAUGGGUGUCCAGAACCAGACGGCCUUUGGUGGUAUCAGCCCGUUUGCGCAUCAUUUGGACCCAUGGGCCUAAGAUUUUAAUUACGGUGGAAUUAACACGAGGGCGUAAUGUACAAUUUAUUUCGAGGCACUUCAUGUUCAUAGUCCCUUUUCCCUAUUCCCUCAAAAAUAUUCUCUGUUGGAACCAUAUUUCCAGGCCUCUGCACAAUGGAAAGUUUUAUUGCAACCGGACCUACAACGGAUAGGAAACGGUGAUUAGAGAUUAGCAAAAAAAAAAGGAAACAGGGCUUAGAAAGAAGGCAAGAGAAAAACAAUAUUAGGCCCAACCUCCUAUCUGGGCUGUGCCCAAUCUUGGCUGGGCCGACCAACAUGGCCCAAGAAGAUGGUUCCGGAAACCCUAGCCAACCAGCCCCCCUAUAUAAGCUCGCUGCGGUGUCCAUCCCCUGCGCCUCCAGUCUUUGAAUCCUCAGGUUUGUUAUGUGUGAGAUGCGUUUUCUGUCGAUUUCUCCUACUAAAUCAUCAUCUGUUUCUUCUUCCUGUGUUGUUCGAUGAUCUUGUGUUUUCGUUGUAAUCUCCGUGAAUCGCUAGAUCUAACCAGAGGCUGUGACGACGAAAAAUACCUACCUAUUUUCUGAGGGAUUUCGAUCCCUCUGCAGAGAAACCAAUUCAAUCUUCUGAGCCUUGCAAGAUCUCUGCAAUUUUUCUUCUCUGCUCCCUGGUUUCUAUCUUGUUAUACUUUUGAUCUUUUGGCCCUUUGGAUGAGCAAACAUCUAGUUGAUGUGAUGAUAAGAUUUCACAGAAAAUCAAUUAGUGAUGACCAAAAAUUACAGACUACAAUUAUCUGAUCAACUACAGAAUACUUGCUAAACGGCCUUUUUUUCCUUAUGAAUCCUUGGCAUAUUUUUUUUUCUCAGUUGUUCGAUCCGUGCACAAUAAGCCGAUGCUCUGGACGAGAGUAGGAAGGAAGCAUGGUAAUGUGCACGGAGAUUGAUUGAACUUUUGGUCUGCAUGUCUGCUCGACGUGAUGCCUUCGGGCUUUGAACUCGCGGGCCUGGAUUUGACCCACAUUACUCAAAACAUCGCUCUAAGAUUUGUUCUUCCACAAAAUCGUUCUAUGUAAGAUCAACAUCGACAGCACAAUUGAAUCACCAUGUUAACCGUAGGAGAAUAAUUCAUGUGGUGCUCUAGUGUUUGUGCAGUUCGUCUGUCCUGUGUGUGAGCCUUGUGGUCGGUGGUAUCAACUCUCAAGCCUGCCUUCCUCUGCUCCGGUGGCUAAUUAGCCAGUCACACACUGCAGCCACCUCCAUGGCAGCGAUCUCUGUGUGAAUGGUCAGUAAGCUCACCCAGAUUAACUCGUUUUGUUGUGUCCAUUGAAGGAAUGACUAUUCAUCGUGCUUCCUGCUAUGACACAUCAACUCACACGAUUACAUCUCCCAGCUACUACUCCCUCCGUCACAGAUUGGCAUGGUUUUGAACUAGCUCUAAUACAAAACCGUGCCAAUCUUUAUGGAAUGGAGGGAGUAUUAGUUUAGAGCAUUGCAAACACCAUUAUUCAGAUGCUAAAAUUUUACAUUACCACGAUGAUAUCUGGCUGGCCCCAGUCUGAUGGCUCCCAACCAUCCAUCUGCUUCCGCUGUAAAGCCCGUCCCAACUAAAUACAACAGCAUGAACACAAGAUAUGCUUAACGAAGACUGUCAAGAGAUCCUUUGCGAUAUCAAAGGUAGUUGCAGGUAAGAUUCGCUGGUGCCGAGGACAAGGAAGCUGGAGCUGAGAGCGUGUUUGCCACUUCAGAGUUCAGACCAAGUGUGUAGAAACCGGAUGCAAUGGUACUUCUCUCAAGUGGAAAGCUUUCACUGUCAAAAUAACCAUAAGCAUAGUCCUGUUCUGAAAAUAGAGAAUGUAUGUACAGUUCAUAUGAUCGUUUAAAAAAAAUGUACAGUUCAUCGGCA